AUGGCGUGCUACCCGAGAAUCCCAUAUCCCAUCAAUUCAAACACCAAUGCUCGAUUAAUAGGAUGGACUCGUGUGGGCAACCUUACCGCCGUUGCUGCGAUUCUUGAUUCUCCAGAAGUAGUGGACCUUCCGAAGUCUGGUGAAACAGCACUCCAUGAGGCCAUCAAGCGCAACCGGCCAGACUUACUUCGUUAUUUGAUUUCCCGAGGCUUCGAUGUUAAUCAGAAGGGCAUCGAACCAUAUGGUGAAGUUUGCCUGACUCCAUUGCAUCUUGUCGCCGCAAGCAACUCUGCCGAGAUGGUGGAUAUUCUCCUCGAGGCGGGAGCAGAUGCGACCCUGGAUGAUGUUUCAACGGACGGAAUGCGUGGCGUUCUUGGAGGGAUGGAUAGCGAGCCGCACACUCCAUUUAUGGCCGCAGCCUUUUGGGGCUCUAACGCUGUCGUUCAACGGCUGAUUGAUCGCCUACCUUCAGACACCAUUGGCAGCCGCGAAUGGUCUCUUGCCGUCGCUGCUGCUGCACUUUAUCGCCAUCCAGAAACGCUAGCCACUCUGCUCCAUAACUACCCGGCUCCUGGAGUACCACAAGAUAUCCUGGACCGCGCCUUGGCUGAUGCAGCUGAGAAUGAAGAGUAUGACCCUUACCAUGGGAUAUUACCGGCCCUACCAGAGGAGUCCUGGUCCAGGGGAAUCGAGACGUUCCGGCUUUUGCUUGCCCGCGGAGCACGCCCGAACGCACAACCCCCUAUGUCCAUCUAUGUACCCCCUUGGACUGUGCAUAAACCAAUCAUUCACGCCACCAUUGACACCUCUAUGGGCAUGGAAAUGGUCAAGAUGCUUGUUGACCACGGAGUGGACCUCCCUGACGGCUUUGCUGGGGAAGGAGAGGGGAUCAGCCUUUUUGCUCGGGCGGUGCGCAAUGGGCACCCGGAUCUGAUCCGUUAUUUCUAUGAGCGUGAAGGCGCCAUGAUUAACAUGAACGAAGAGCUCCGUGAGACCAAUGUCUCCCCAGGGGGCUCCCUCCUUCAUGCCGCAGCGGGUGGUGGUCGUCUAGCAACUGUGCGAUUUCUGCUGGAUCACGGAGCAGACCCUAAUAUAAUGAACACCAAAGGCUGGCUACCAGUGCACCAAGCCUGUCAGGGUCGCUAUCUAGAGAUCAUCAAAAUUCUCUGGCCACUCACCUGCCCGGCUGCCGUCUCAGAUCUUGCUAAUUAUCGCACAGAGGACGGCCAUAUCGCUUUUCAUCUCGCCAUGUGUUGGCGCGUUGACGAUGAGGAUCCCGAAGUCGAGGCACUUAGCACGCAGCUCCUUCACUUUUUCGAGGAAAAGGGCGCCGACCUGACCAGCCUUGACCGCUAUGGAAAAAAUAUACUUCACUACGCACUGCCACAGAAUGAGAACAUGUUCCCAUGGUUUCGCACCCUGAUUGAAGCGGGCGCACAGUUGCGUCCUAAUGCCCAAGGCCAGACGGAACUUCAUCUCAUUCUCGACGAACCAGACCGGAACCUUGUCGGUCCCAGGUUUCUUUUGGCCCAGGGUGCUAACAAGGAUAUCAACACACAAGACAACAAGGGCCGUACUCCACUGUAUCACUACAUCCAGACACAUUAUUAUGAACCGGGAAACGGGCAAGGCACCUUUCAAAUCCGGGCGGAUGUUUUGGAUCUCCUGAUGGAGACAGGGGCUGAUCCAGAUAUCCGUGACGCGUCGGGAAAGUCUGCGAGGGAUCUGCUGAUAGAAAAGGGUUUCCCGUACGAUUUUUGA